UGAUCUGUAGCGUUAAUGGAGAACAUGUAAUUUAUGUGCAUAUAUUCAUUUAUGCAUAUUCGUAUUACAGAUAUAUUUAUUACUCACCAAUUGAUUAAAUUGACCGACUAUGAUAAUGAAUGAGAAUUUGCAACUCCUAAGUUUUUGUACAACACAUAACUUCCACAUGUGGUGUACACUCAUUCACAAAUACGCAUUACAAAUACACAUUUAAAAUGGGAAGCAACAAUGAGAAAGAAAUGACUGCUCCUUUCCAAAAAAUAUUGGACCCCACAAUCCUCCUCCCACUUUUGGAGAAACGAUUACCUGAAUCCUGUCUGAUGUACAACUCUGUCAAAAUGUAUCCCCGAUUUGUGGAACAAGGUUCAUUUUACGCGUUGAAUGGGGAAAUUGAUGAAGGAUCGUGGUUCGCUGUUACCCAUUUUAGAGAGGAUGACGGGCAAGGUUAUCACAUUUGGGCGGACAAAGAAAAGUCCAGAAUUUCUCAUGCAGAAGCAGUCCAAAUUCUGACAACUUGUCCACUUUUCAAUUGGGACGAACCAUUUUCCUUUUCUGCUGUACAGAUAUGGAUAUCAGAAAUUGUACAAGAAGUAAGCGUUCGUCGAAUUGGACACUUCACAGUGAUCACCCCGUGUCAAUUGUUUUACAAGGAGCUUGACGAAUGUCUAAGUUUGGACAUCAAAUCACCCGACCCAUCCCACAUAGAAAUUAAGCCGUUAGAUAAGGACAAAGGACUGAAAUUCUUACUCUCUGAAACUGGUGGGUCAAAUGUCAAUUGCGUCGUCAAGAAUGGAAAUGAGACCGUGUGGAGUCGAUUUAUCGAGAAGAACGAGUCCGCCGGAGUUUAUGUCGAUGGGCUCCCCGUUUGCGGAAUAGUUACCCGAUCAUUCGGAAUUUUGGGGCCACUUUCGACCUUAGAAAAUCAUAAGAGAAAAGGUUACGCCAGCCUCACGAUGCAAUACGUUUUUAAGGAGUUGGCGAAAAGUGGAAUUAUUCCAGCUACUCAGGUCGUCCCGAGAAAUACGCCGUCAAUUAAGUUGCAUGAAAAAUUAGGCUGUAAAAGGGCUGGCAUGGUCGACUUUGUGGAAGUUUGGCCAUCUCUCAUUAAUAAAACUUAACUAAAACAAUGUAAAUUUUAUUAAAAAGUACACAUAUAAGUUUGUCUGGCCAAAGACUCAUGAUACCCUCUCGAGAUUUAUGCAGGAACAUUGUUCCAGACAAGAUAUCUCAAUUUAAUUAUUUAUUUAAUUAUGGAAAUACAAAUACCUUCUCAUGUAUGUUACAAGCAA